UCUUGAUCCAUCCAGAUAUCAAUCAUGAUUUCAGAUCCAUACUCUCCAUCCAGAUAUUGAUCAACCGCUUCGGGGUCUCAAGAGAUCCGGAGUAUAGAUAGGACUUGUGCGACCCCGACUCCCCCGUUCGAAUCGAAUCUCCAUCCCGAUAGUGACCGGAAUAAGCGCUCGGAGCGCAGCGUGCAGGUCAUGCGAGACUCAUUCCUAGAGGGAUCAAAUUGCCGCUUGCUGUUGACCUAGUCUAUUCUUUACUUCUUUUUUGUUUCUCUUGUAUUUUCCUACUCCUCUAUUUUUUCUAAUCCAGUAUCCGUAUAACUGGAGAGAUCUAUCGUGACCUACCUGUUCCGCCUACAGAUCUAGUAGUAGUGUCAUUCCUCCCACUCCCGUCAUCCCCACUUCAAAACCUCUUUUUUUUCCCUUCUCCUUCAGCCCGGGUUAUAUUUGCUCCCUCCAUCCACUCCAAAAACUCCACUCCAACUUCAUCCUUGGCUCCAUUCUUGUUCGUUCUUCAGCCCACGCACUAUUUCUUUUUUCCUUUCCUUUUUUCUUUUUUUCCUUCCUUUUUUUUCCCUGUUUUGUUCCCUUUUCCUGUCUCUCCCUAUCUCUUUUUCUGACCUCUAUCUUCGUUCCUUUGGUUCACUCCCCCUCCCCAAACCCAACCCCAACCCCAACUCACCAUCAUGGCGGGUAUCUUCCGUACCAUAUAUGACUGGCUGUUAAGGAUGUUUUGGGCCACGGAGAUGGAUGUCACCAUGAUCGGUCUCCAGAAUGCCGGGAAAUCCUCGUUAUUGCGAGUAUUGGCCGGCGGCGAGUUCACCGUAGAUUCCAUCCCCACCAUCGGUUUCAACACCAAACGCGUCCAGAAAGGUCAUGUGACCUUGAAAUGCUGGGAUCUUGGGGGUCAGCCCCGAUUCCGACCCAUGUGGGAGCGGUACUGUCGCGGCGUGAACGCCAUCGUAUAUAUCGUUGAUGCGGCGGACCAUGCGGCGUUACCGGUCGCGACAGAGGAACUGCACGAUUUGAUGACCAAACCCACGCUGGACGCUAUCCCCUUGUUGGUGCUGGGGAAUAAAUCCGAUCUCCCCAACAAGCUGUCGGUCGACCAGUUGAUCGACGCGAUGGACCUCAAAUCCAUCACGCACCGCGAAGUGAGCUGCUAUGGGAUCAGUGCCAAGGAGGAGACGAACCUUGAUGCGGUGUUGCACUGGCUCAUCGCCCGAGCCAGCCGAUGAAUGCCUGGCCGGCAGGUCCGCUGGCGCGACCUUUCGCCGCCUUUGUAAAUUCUCCCCUUAUAUCUCUCACCCUCUCCACCUCUCCCUCCCUCGUCCUAUCUCUCUCCCUCUCGAUCGAGUGGCUCACAGCCAGCGAUGUAAUGAUGACAACGAUGUGAACCAGGCACAAUUUCGUGGAGCGUUAAUGGAUGAUUCUUCUUUCUGUCGUUUUCGUUUUUUGUUUUCUUAUUGGUUGAAUGAUUGGUUCGGUCACGAAUGAGGUUCGAAGCAUGGAGAGUAUGACUAUAUCUCUGAGUGCUUUGGUGUAAAUUCAGCAUGUCACAUAUCUCAACGAAUGGCGUCGAUGCACGAGUCCACGUAUAAAAUGGAAAGACAUCAUCAGUAGUCAACCGAGUCAAGAGAACCCACCGAACAAAC